AUGCUGGCCAUUUUAUUUCUUAUUGCUGUUUGUUCCUACGUUUGUGAGAACCAAGAUUCUGGCCCUGAGUAUGCAGACGUGGUGUUUCUGGUGGAUAGCUCCGAUCACCUGGGAAUUAAAUCCUUCCCUCUGGUGAAAGCAUUCAUCAACAAAAUGAUCAACAGUAUCCCCAUUGAACCCAACAAAUACCGUGUGGCGUUGGCCCAGUACAGCAAUACCAUGCACAGUGAGUUCCACCUGAACACCUUUCGGAGCAGAAAUCCCAUGCUCAACCACCUCAAGAAGAACGUGAGCUUCCUUGGCGGUUCCCUGAAGAUAGGAAAUGCCUUGCAGCAAGCGCACCAGACUUAUUUCUCUGGGCCUGCCAAUGGGAGAGAUAAGAGGCAGUUUCCCCCCAUUUUGGUGGUGCUGGCUUCGGCAGCGUCUGAGGAUGAUGUGGAAGAGCCUUCCAAGGCCCUACAGCGAGAUGGGGUGAAAAUCAUCUCCGUGGGGCUGCAGAAAGCAUCUGAGGAAAACCUGAAGCUCAUGGCCACCCCGGGGUUGCACGUCCACCUCCGGACCGCCAGGGAGCUCAGUACCUUCUCCCAGAACAUGACCGAGAUCAUCCAGGCUGCCAUCAAGCAUCAAGAUGGAGCAGCUGAUGACAUCCUUGUAGAAGUGUGCCAAGGUCCUUUGGUAGCCGAUCUGGUUUUCCUGCUGGACAUGUCCCUCAACGACAGCCAGGAGAAUCUUGACUCCCUGAAAGCCUUCCUGGAGGAGAGCGUAGCUGCCCUGGACGUAAAGGCAAGCUGCACGCGGGUUGGCCUGGUGGUUUACAGCAACGAGACCCGAGUCAUCAGCCAUCUGAGCGCAGGCCUGAAUAAGUCAGAAGUUCUCCAGCACAUAGAAGACCUGGUGCCGGAGCCGGGGCCGGCCUACACGGGGGCUGCCAUCAGGAAAACCAGGAAGGAAGUGUUCAACAUCCAGAGGGGCAGCCGGAAGCAGCAGGGGGUCCCCCAGAUCGCCGUGCUGGUGACCCACCGAGCGUCGGAGGACAAUAUCACCAAGGCAGCCGCUAGCCUUCGCAGAGAGGGCGUCACCAUCUUCGCCAUGGGCGUGGCAGAUGCCAGCCAAUCCCAGCUGGAGAAAGUGGCCUCCCACCCUGCCGGCCAGCACCUGUCCAUGCUGAGUACUUUCUCCGACCUGGCGGCCCACAACCAGACGUUCCUGAAGAAGCUCCGGAAGCAGAUCACCCACAGCGUGACCGUGCUGUCGGAAAGGACACAGUCCCUGAAGUCUGCUUGCGUGGACACCGAGGAAGCUGACAUCUAUCUACUGAUCGAUGGCUCGGGGGACAUCCAGGCGGCAGACUUCCACGAGAUGAAGUCCUUCCUGUCCGAGGUGGUAGGGAUGUUCAACAUCGCUCCCCACAAGGUACGAGUUGGGGCCGUUCAGUACGCGGACAGCUGGGACUUAGAAUUUGAGAUCGACAAGUACUCCAGCAAGCAGGACCUGGGGAAAGCCAUCGAAAACAUCCGUCAGAUGGGGGGCCGAACCCACACAGGGGCGGCCCUGAACUUUACCCUGAAGCUGUUGCAAGAGGCCAAGAAGCAACGGGGAAACAAAGUGCCCUGUCACCUGGUGGUGCUUACCAGCGGCAUGUCGGAGGAUAGCGUCUUGGAGCCUGCACACAGACUGAGAAAUCAGAACAUCCGGGUCUACGCCAUCGGCGUCGGGGAAGCCAACCAAACCCAGCUGCAAGAACUGGCAGGCGAGGAGAAGAGGGUGUACUACGUGCACGACUUUGACGCCCUGAAGGACAUUCGCAAUCAGGUGGUACAGGAGAUCUGUGCCGAGGAAGCCUGUAAGGACAUGAAAGCUGACAUCAUGUUUCUGGUGGAUAGUUCCGGCAGCAUCGGGCCUGAAAACUUCAGCAAAAUGAAAAUCUUCAUGAAGAAUCUAGUGAGCAGGUCUCAGAUCGGGGCGGACAGGGUUCAGGUUGGUGUGGUCCAGUUCAGUGACGUCAACAGGGAAGAGUUUCAGCUGGGCACGUUCAGCACCCAAAGCGACAUCUCCAACGCCAUAGACCAGAUGGCUCACAUCGGAGAAACUACCUUGACCGGAAGCGCCCUGACCUUCGUGGCCCAGUACUUCAGCCCCACCAAGGGGGCUCGGCCCGGAGUCAGGAAGUUUCUUCUCCUCAUCACAGACGGUGAAGCUCAGGACGCAGUGAAGGAGCCGGCCGAAGCACUGCGACAAGAUGGCGUCAUUAUCUACUCUGUAGGAGUCUUCGGCUCCAAUGUCACCCAACUGGAGGAGAUCAGUGGGAGGCCCGAGAUGGUUUUUUAUGUGGAGAACUUUGAUAUUCUGCAACACAUCGAAGAUGACCUUGUGCUGGGCAUAUGCAGUCCCCAGGAAGAAUGCAAGCGGAUUGAAGUUUUAGACGUCGUGUUCGUGAUCGACAGCUCGGGCAGCAUUGACCAUGACGAAUAUAGCAUCAUGAAAGAUUUUAUGAUCGGCUUGGUAAGGAAGGCCGACGUGGGCAAGAACCAAGUCCGGUUUGGCGCUCUGAAAUACGCCGACGACCCCGAAGUGCUCUUUUACCUGAAUGCCCUGGACACGAAAUCAGAGGUGAUUUCCACCAUCCAGCACGAUCAACCUAUGGGGGGCAACACGUACACGGCCGAAGCGCUGGCCUUCUCCGAUCACAUGUUCACCGAGGCCCGGGGCAGCCGUUUGCACCAGGGAGUCCCCCAAAUCCUCAUGGUGAUCACCGACGGGGAAUCCCACGACGCCGAGAAACUCAACACCACGGCCAAGGGCCUGCGGGAUAAAGGCAUCGUGGUGCUGGCCGUGGGCAUCGCGGGUGCCAACCCCGUGGAGCUGCUGGCCAUGGCCGGGUCACAGGACAGGUACUACUUCGUGGAGACUUUUGGAGGCCUCCAGGGUAUCUUUUCGGACGUGUCUGCCAGCGUGUGCAACUCUUCUAAAGUAGACUGUGAUAUUGACAAGGUAGACUUGGUGUUCCUCAUGGAUGGAUCCAACAGCAUCCACCCAGAGGACUUCAAGAAGAUGAAGGCAUUUCUCACGUCGGUCGUUGAUGACUUUGACGUCGGCCUCAACAGGGUGCAGAUAGGCGUGGCCCAGUUUAGCCACACGUACCGCCCCGAGUUUACCCUGGGCACCUUCACGGGCAGAAAGAAGAUCGGGCUGGAGAUCGAGAAGAUCCAGCAGAUUUUCGGGUACACUCACAUUGGGGCUGCGCUCCGGCAGGUGGCUCGUUACUUCCAGCCAGACACGGGGAGUCGGAUCCAGGAAGGUACUGCGCAGGUGCUGCUGGUCCUCACCGAUGGCCAGUCCCAAGACGACGUGGCCCCGGCCGCCCUGGAGCUGAGACACCAGGGUAUCACCAUCUACUCCGUGGGCAUCGGGGACGUGGACCACCAGCAGCUCUUGCAGAUCACCGGCUCGGCCGACCGGAAGCUGACAGUUCAUAAUUUCGAUGAACUGAGAAAGGUGAAGAAGAGGAUCGUUCGCAACAUUUGCACAUCGGGGGGCGAGAGCAAUUGUUUUGUGGACGUGGUGGUGGGGUUUGACAUCUCCACGCAGCAGCCGGGGCAGAAUUUGCUGGACAGUCAGCCCUGGAUGACAUCGUACCUUCCAGAAGUCUUACGUGCCAUCAGCUCCCUCAAUGGGGUAAGCUGUGAGGUGGGUACUGAGACGCAGGUCAGCGUGGCUUUCCAGGUCACAAAUGCCGUGGAAAAAUACUCCCCCAAGUUCGAGAUCUACAGUGAGAACAUUCUUCACAGCCUGAGGGGCGUGGCCCUGCGUGGGCCUGCGCUUCUCAACACGCACUUCUUGACUUCGCUCUGGGAUGCCUUCCAGAACAAGUCAGCCGCCAGAGGCAAGGUGGCCCUCUUAUUUUCAGAUGGCGUGGAUGAUGAUAUUGAAAAGCUUGAACAAAAAUCCGAUGAACUGAGAAAAGCAGGCCUGAAUGCCUUUCUGACUGUGGCCCUGGACAGAGCUGGCCAUCCCAGCGACGACCUGGCUGAUCUUCUCUACAUUGAAUUCGGGAAAGGACUUGAUUACAGGACUCAGUUCACCAUGGGCAUGAGGGAUCUCGGGAGUCAGCUGGCAAAGCAGUUGAUCAAUGUGGCAGAAAGGACCUGUUGCUGUUUGUUCUGCAAGUGUCUGGGUGAAGAUGGCACCAUGGGCCCCCCUGGGACACCUGGGAAAAAGGGAAGCCCAGGUUUCAAAGGCAGUGAAGGCUACUUGGGAGAAGAGGGCAUUGCUGGAGAGCGAGGAGACCCUGGACCAGCAGGAGAGCCUGGCACCAAGGGUUGCCAUGGCAACAAGGGUCCGAAGGGGUCCAGAGGACUGGAUGGCCAGCAGGGAGAAGCUGGGGAAAGUGGGAUUGAUGGCUUAAAUGGAGAGCAGGGUGACAGUGGUCUUCCUGGAAGAAAAGGGGAAAAGGGCGAUGAGGGGUCCCAGGGAAGCCCAGGAACACAAGGGGCUCCUGGUGAUCGUGGAGCAAAGGGCCUUCGAGGAGACCCGGGGAUUUCUGGAUUUGACAGUAACAUACAAGGAUCUAAGGGCUUGCCAGGAGAACGUGGCAGACAGGGGAGAAGAGGUUGGCCAGGUCCCCCAGGAACACCGGGCUCCAGAAGAAGGACGGUAGCUCAUGGCCCAAGAGGACAUACAGGCCCACAGGGUAGACCUGGGGUCCCAGGCCCAGAUGGACCAGAAGGCUCACCAGGACUUCAGGGCCCUCAGGGACCAAGAGGAGAGGCUGGAACAAGAGGCGAAAAAGGAAGUCUGGGAAUGAAAGGCCCUCAGGGGCCUCCAGGACCGGGAGGAGAGGCAGGAAAUCCAGGCCGUGUGGGAAGCCAAGGAAAUAAAGGAGAGCCUGGAGAUAGCGGGAGGAGAGGAGCCGCCGGCUUCCCGGGCCCUCGAGGUGUUCAGGGUGACGAUGGCCUUCCGGGUUAUGGCCGUGUUGGCCGCAAAGGGGAGAAGGGUCAAGAGGGAUUCCCUGGAGAAAUCGGACUCAAGGGUGAGAUCGGGGACCCUGGUGAUCUGGGAGAAACUGGACCCAAAGGAGCCCCGGGAAGAAUGGUAUCUUCUGGAUUUCCUGGGGAGCCGGGAAUUCCCGGGGAACCAGGACCUCCCGGACGGAAAGGCGUGAAGGGAGCCCGGGGCUUACCCUCAUUCUCCACUUGUGACCUCAUCCAGUACGUGCGGGACAGCAGCCCUUGCAGACAGGGAGCACCCCGAUGCCCGGUGCACCCCACCGACUUGGUGUUUGCCCUGGACCAGUCUCGCGAGGUGACGGCGCAGGAGUUCGAGCGGAUGAAGGCCAUGGUGGUCUCCCUGCUGCAGGGCGUGCGGGUCCGCGAGCACGGGUGUCCCGCGGGUGCCCGAGUGGCCGUCCUCACCUACGGCUCCCACGCCCAGCACCGGAUCCGCCUCUCCGACAGCCACACGAAGCAGCAGCUGCUCCGAGAGAUCGAGACGCUGCCGUUCCAGCCGGGCUCGGCCCAGAGGGAGCUGGGCCAGGCCAUGCGGUUUAUCUCCAGACAUGUCUUCAAGCGGACGCUGCCCGGGGCUCACACGAGAAGGAUCGCUGCUUUUUUCACCAGCGGUCCGUCGGCUGACGCCCAGAUGAUCACCACGGCCGCCAUGGAAUUCAGCGCCCUGGAUAUCGUCCCUGUGGUCAUUGCCUUCCGCCCGGUACCCUCGGUGAAGCGGGCCUUUGCGAUGGAUGACACGGGCGCGUUCCGGGUGGUCGUGGUCUCCUCGGGAGAGGACGCCGGGCCGGCCUUGGCGGCGCUGCAGCGCUGCACUGUCUGCUAUGAUGUGUGCCAGCCCGAGGCUUCCUGUGAGCCGGCCCGUCCACCCCCGGAGCCGGCCUACAUGGACGCAGCUUUCCUGCUGGACGCCUCCCGCAACGCUGGAGCAGCCGAAUUCGCAGACCUCCGCUACCUGGUGGGGUCGCUGUUGGAUCAUUUCGAAAUCACCCCACAUCCCCAGACUUCCACCACGGGAGAUCGGGUGGCGCUGCUGAGCCACGCACCCCCCGACUUCCUGCCCAACACCCCGAGGAGCCCCGUGCGGACUGAGUUUAAUCUCACCACCUACGGCAGCCGGCGGCUCAUGAAGAGACACGUGCAGCAAUCCGUGCGGCAGCUCCACGGGGAGGCGGCGGUGGGCCACGCCCUCGCGUGGGCUGUGGACCAGGUGUUUCUCAGCACGCCCAACCCCCGAAGAAACAAGGUGAUCUUCGUGAUCUCGGCCGGGGAGACGAGCUACGUGGAUGGGGACACGUUGCAGAGAGAGGCGCUGAGAGCCAAGUGUCACGGGUACGCCGUGUUUGUGCUGUCCUUCGGCCCCGCGUGGGAUGACAAGGAACUGGAAGAGCUGGCCAGCCAGCCUUUGGACCAGCACCUGAUCCAACUCGGUCGAAUUCACAAACCCGACUACGCAUACAGCGUGAAGUUUGUGAAAUCUUUUGUUAACUCAAUCAGACGUGCCAUCAACAAAUACCCUCCGGUGAGCCUCCGAGUCAAGUGCAGCAGGCUGGGCUCCAGCGAGUCUACACAGUACCCACGCCAGUCUCGCAGCUCGGUCCCCGUUCCACACUCCGUGGCCGUGUCUGCGAAGGCCAGGCUCUUGCGAGGCUGGAACUCUGCGUGGACGGCUGCGGCUCGUCGGAGCCUGGCGGGAAGCACACCCCGCGCCGUUGGGAAGGUGCGAAGGGCGCCGCAGCACCGAGAGAAGCCUCGUCAGGCCCAGGCCUUGGCCGACCGAGGGCGGGGCGCGGCUGGCAGGGACAGGGACGUGGAGGUGCGCUGUGGAUCCCCUGAGGAGAAAUCCAGGCCGUCUGUGUGCAUCCCGAGGCUCUGAGCUGGACAGGCUACGCACCGCUGAUCUCCGUGGGCGAUGGCCUGGGCGCUGUCCCUCGGCUCUUCAGCUCAG